GGGAACGCUCAGGGUGACAUGUGCUAUAUCCUGCAGUGUAGUUACAUUUUAACCGUUAGCCUCCACAAGUUAACUGCCGUCCUUAUAAGGGACCGAGGGGCUGAAGGAUCCGGACAGAGGAGACAUCAGGUUUGUUUAUGUCCAGGGAAAGCUGCCCGCCGUGAAUAUGAACUCCUCAGGUGACUCUGAGCGGGAGGAAACCAGCCCACCUUCAGGAAGCACCAAGAUCCUCGCAUUGACUGUGUGUUCUGCGGCCAUUGGAGGCACCUUCCAGUAUGGCUACAACAUCUCCAUCAUCAACUCUCCCACGAGCUACAUCCAGAGCUUCAUCAAUGAGACCUACAUGGAGCGUUGGGGCAAAGGCCUGGACAUGCCUCAAGUGACCCUGGUGUGGACCCUGAUCGUGUCAUUCUUCUCUCUGGGAGGUUUGGUGGGCGCUCUGCUCGCAGGGCCCAUGGCUGUCCACUUUGGAAGGAAGAAGUCUCUGCUCCUGAACAACGUCUUCCUGUUUGCCAGCACCGUGCUCGUGCUGACGUGCAGGGUGGCAAAGUCCUUUGAGAUGAUCAUCAUCGCCCGCUUCCUGGUGGGGUUGAACUCGGGUGUGAGCAUGAACAUCCAGCCUAUGUAUUUUGGGGAGAGCGCCCCGAAACACCUCAGGGGCGCUGUGGCGUUUUCCUCUGCUGUUUUCACCGCAUUUGGGAUUUUCUUGGGUCAGGUAGUGGGACUCACUGAGCUGCUGGGCUCUCAGCCUCUUUGGCCCUACUUGCUUGCUAGUAACGCUUUGCCGGGGUUGAUCCAGCUGCUCACCCUACCCUGGUUUCCGGAAAGCCCCAGAUACCUACUGAUCGACCGGGGAGACCGAGAAGCAUGCUUCCAGGCUCUUGGGAGACUCCGUGGCGGGGAGCCUCCGGCCCUGGAGAUCGAGGAGCUGCUUGAGGAGCAGGAGCAGCAGCAGCAGCAAUCAACAUCUACGAAGUCUGGAUCCGCAGUUGCCAAAUCGCCCUGGGCCCUGUUUAAGGAUCCUGACCUGCGACCCCAGCUCCGAACAGUCAUGUUUGCCAGUAGUGCCAUGAUGCUCUGUGGAAAUGACUCAAUCUACUUCUAUGCUUACUACAUCUUUCUUGCAGCAGGGAUCCCUCCGGGGAAGAUCCAGUAUAUCACCAUCGGCACCGGCGCAUCCGAGCUAUCUGCUUCUAUACUGAGCAACCUUCUGAUUGAACGUGUGGGCCGCAGGUACCUUCUUGUUGGUGGGUACAGUCUCAUGUCCUUCUGGUCUGUAGUCUUCACCGUCGCUCUCAUCCUCCAGAGCCGUGGAGUGGCGGGGAUGUCCUACCUCAGCAUGGUGUGCGUGUUUGCCUACAUCCUCAGCUUCGGCCUGGGCCCUGCAGGGGUGACGGGGAUCCUGCCAGCCGAGAUCUUUGACCAGGCAGCUCGGCCGGCAGCGUACAUGGUGGCCGGCUCAUUCAUGUGGAUCAGUCUGUUCUUGGUGGGAAUGCUGUUCCCCUUCAUCGUCAAAUACCUGGGGAACUACUGCUUCCUGCCUUUCCUGGUCGUGUGUUUGGGGUCCGCUGUGUUUCUGGGGCUCACCUUACCAGAGACGAAAGGCAAGACGAUGGCGGAGAUCACUGCGGAUUUUCAGAGAAGGAACAAGUCGAAGAAAGAGAGCUCAAAGAGGCAGGUGGAGAAACCAGUUGAGACUCAGUACAAGCUGGGUGCAGCCUGCUCCUUCACUGACACCAUGCAAGAUCCUGAGCCCGAACAUAAGAAUGGAGACAUCAAUUUGAAUGUUCCGGUAGAAAUGGAAAUUAAUCAGAAUGGGCCUAUUGUAGCCAGUUGAUGCACUUGAUAGGUUUGGUGUCAUUAGCUACGUCCUAUUGAAAAUACACAAAUGCGUCAAAUAUACACCACAACCAAAUAUACUAACAUGUGGCUUACACACAACACAACCAAAUAUACAAACAUGUGGCUUACACACAACACAACCAAAUAUACAAACAUGUGGCUAACACACAACACAACCAAAUAUACAAACAUGUGGCUAACACACAACACAACCAAAUAUACAAACAUGUGGCUAACACGCAACACAAUCAAAUAUACGAACAUGUGGCUUACACACAACCAAAUAUACAAACAUGUGACUAACCCCCAACACAUAUAGAUAUACAAACAUGUGGCUAACACACAACACAAUCAAAUAUACACAUAUGUGGCUUUAACACAUUAAAACAAACGUGCAGGUAAUACACUCGACACAACCAAAUAAACGAAUAAGCGCCUAACACAAAACAAAAAAAACUGCCCAUACACAACCAAAUACAGAAAUGGUGCAAGUGGCACACACCAUGAUAAGGAGUGUUUUCUAGUCUACACAACUCAGUGAUGAGCGCAACUACAGAGAACUUUCACACUUAAAUUAUAGCUUUUUUUAUGUAUGUUUUAGGAGUGGCUUAUUUUAAUAUCUUAAAUAAGUGAAACAUUUCACAGGAAGUGUGACCCAGCUGAGCUCUCCACUUGUUGUUGUGUCCCCUGGCAACACACCUAUUUCAUGUGUGCUACUUGCACCACAUUUCUGCAUGUUGUGUUCUUGUGUUUUCUUAAGUACUGAGUAGCACUCUCUCUGUUAACAGAUCAGAUCAAGUGUAAUCCCUUAGUCAUGGUUCUACUGUUUUCCUUCAUCAGCAUGAAAGUAUAUAGAAUAUAUCAAUUUAUUUAUAGAAUAUUUUUAAGAAGGAUAUUCACAUUGUAGCAGAGUAGUUACAGACUUAUGUGUUUAACAAGUGUUAUUUAUUCUCUCCUGACCUUAAUGAAUCCUGCACUGAAUACUUUUCUUCUAAUAACAAUGAAGAGUGAGGAGAUUAAUAUGCCUUUACAACCCUGAUUCAUACCACAGAUAUCUACAUGGCUGUAUAGUAGAGUGAGUAGUUGUUGAAAUAGCAUGAAGUAACAGACUGGCACCUUGUUGAUUACGGUAUUUGUUGUGUAAUCAGAUUUAUAUUAUUCUGUUUUGCUGACAUGUCUCUCCAGUUCAGUGAUUCGUGCUUAAGUCCAUUUUGAUCAUCAAACUUGAAAUAUUAACUCUUUGCUUCUUCACAGGACAUCUUAUACCUGUAAUUUUUGUUUUGUUUGUUGUUAUUCUUGUAUCAACUGGCCUGGAUAUGUAUUUUAACUAUAUUAGUUAGACUACCUAACCUGUUUGUUUAUCGACAUGAUGACAUUUAUUUAUUAACAGCGUGCAUGACAAUACCUUCAUCGUGGUAGCAUUAUUUUAUUUUUUUUGCACUCAAUUGCCAAUGUUUUGAAUGUAGUACUCAAACUGGUCCAAUAGGUGUCACCAUUGUUUCUGUUCUUGACUUGCUCUCCUUCAUGCACUCGAAGAUAAAGCUGUAUAAUGUCAAGAUGAAUCCUAGAUGAAGGCGAUGACGACUCCGUUAAAUUGACCAGCCUUCAGCUCACAGCCUUUCAGAGUUGUCUGUUGACCCUCUGUCGGGGCGUAUGUAUGUUUUCUCUACCAGCAGACCACGUCACUUGAGUUAAAGGAUCCCAGAUAGUUUACAUAUGUUGAUCUUAAGAUAAUAGGAAAAUGAAAAUUUAAGAAAAGUAUAUAUUUUUUUGCAAAUAAUGUUUUUACCUGGAAACCUCUAUUUACAUGCUGGAUUUAAGGUUUUCUUUUAAAAAAAAAACACUGCUGAAGCAUGUUGGAGAUGAAAUGCUGAUAUUGUACAACACUGUCUACUCUAGACUACCUAAAGCAUGUCAUGGUACUGAGGGUUUGGUAAAAAACGCACUAUGUAAUGCUCAGGAGUGUUUAACAGUUACAAGAUUUAUACUUCUGUGGCUGUCGUAAAACUGCAAUCAUAUUUAUUCAAUGACAAACCCAACUGAAUGUAAAAUAAUAAAAUAUAUCCAACAUUC